ACGGAGAGGUGGGCGUGGGCAUGAUGGGCGGCUAUGGAGGCGGUUUCUUCGGCCCAGCUGGCGCGGGUGUAGCAGGAGGCAGUGCAACCUCCGUGGGCAGCGACUACAGCAGCAGCAGCACCGCCAAUUGCUUCUACGCAGCUAGCGCCGCAUCACAGGCGGCGCCGCCGACGACAAGUGUCGUAAAUCCAACUACAAUGCUGUCCAACUAUUGUGACGCAGCUAUGAUGAUGGCCGCGGCGGCCGUGAAUGCCAAUCAAUGCCUGCAACAGCAUCACCGAAUGAUGCUCGCCAGCAGCAACAGCAGCAGCCAGAACGAGGCGAGCGAGCACAACAUUCCCGACUGCAGCGACGACAUGGACAUGGACGAGACGACCGACACCAAUGUGGAAGCAGGUGCGGCAGCUCCAGCGCCAUCCGCCUCUUCGGUCGCUUCGUCGACAACAUCGGCGGCAACCACAAGCGCUUCAUCAUUGUCAACGUCAGCGCUGGCGCUGUCAACUGCCAAUUCCCCCACGGCCAGCAGUGUAACGGCAGCCGCGGCAACUGCGGCAAUCAUCAGUCAACAGUACCAACAACAGCAGCAACAACGCGGCGCCCAACACUCCCAUCUCGGCCACAGCCACAGCCACAGCCACAACCACAACCCCAACCACCAUCUUCACCAACCGCAACAACAGCAACAGCAGCUUGCAUCGCCAACAAAUCUAAUCGAUAUCAGCGAAGUUCCUCUCAUUGUCGAUGUCAAGUAGAAGAAUGAAAGAGUAGUUUAGUUUUAAUUACAGUGAAACAAAAGUAGAAAAAAACCCCC